UCGGAAAUUUCCUUUCGGAAAUGUCGUCACUGUCAAUGUCAAAACAUGACCAUUGUUUGUGUUUUCUCUGCCUACAUAUUUUUCUCUCGUGAAAUUGACUGACUAUAAAUUAUUGUAAAUUAAUUAAUUUUCAGUGUAUGUAAAGUUUAUGCUGUGAUCAUUAAUAUUACUGCUUAAAAAAAUAAUAAAUAGUUGGACGGAAAGAUUGUGUUUUGUGAAACCCGGUAUAGGAAACAUAACCUAACUUUAGCAUGGACGGAACUGCCCAUUUACUGGAGGAAGUGGAUAAGAAGUUAAUGGUACUUCUGCGUGAUGGACGGACUCUUAUUGGAUACCUCCGGAGUGUUGAUCAAUUUGCAAAUCUUGUUCUACAUCGAACAAUUGAGCGUAUUCAUGUGGGUAAUGAGUACGGAGACAUUCCUCGUGGAGUCUUCAUCAUUCGUGGGGAGAAUGUUGUUCUUCUCGGGGAGAUUGAUCGUGAAAAGGAAACUAAUUUACCCCUCAAAGAAGUCUCCGUGGAUGACAUUCUCGAUGCACAGCGUCGAGAGCAGGAGCAACGUCAUGAAAGACACAAACUCAUCUCCAAGGCACUCAAGGAGCGUGGUUUCAAUGUAAAUGCUGAUCUAGCUCACGAUGACCUCUACUGAACACGCAUCAAUAAAAAAAAAUCCAUAAAUUCUUUAAGAUUUAUUUUUUAAUUACGGGGUAUUUUGCACCCCACUUUAAAAUAAUUAAAAUAAAAAAUAAUAAACAUUGUAUAAGAGA